UAUAAGAAAUGUCUUGUCAAUGGAUGAUAAAUUGUUUGGCCGCUCUGGCCAUUUGAAAAACUAUAAUAAACUACCUGCCAUAAUGACCCCAGUCAAUACUAUUUCUAACCAUAGUGAUUUUGGUUUGCCUGAUGUUACAAUCACAUCACAAUUCACAUCAUUAAAACUUACUCCAGACUAUAAUGACAGUGAUGAAGAAAGUGAUGAUCAUUCUCAUAGUUUUUUACUUUUAGAUGAGAAAGAAAGGCUGAAGGUUCCUAAUGUAGAGACAUUUGUAAAACGACUUUAUGGUUAUAAAAAUAACAGUCCUGUAAAAGUUAUUUCAAUUUUUGGUAACACUGGUGAUGGGAAGUCUCAUACUCUCAAUCAAUGUUUUUUUAAAGGUUCUGAAGUCUUUCGAACGUCUUCUGAACAAAAGGCAUGUACUGUUGGUAUUUGGGUUGCAUUUGAUCCUACACUGAAUAUUGUAUGUUUGGAUACUGAAGGCUUUUCUGGAUCAGCUUUACAUAAUAAGCAAAGAAUAAGAUUAUUACUUAAAGUAAGUAGUAUAAUAAUAAUCUUUAUUAUAGAAUAAUAUUCCAAUUUACAA